CCACGACGCCUCGGACUCUUUAUACGGACCAUCCGAAGUAGCGUUCCAAUCCUCCUGCAUACAGUUUGAUUUGUGUCCUCUUCACAACGAUGGCGAAUAGCUCUGCUGUGCUUGUUUUGCUGGUGGUAACGCUUCUAGUUGCGACUCUGUUGAAGGAAACACAAGCUGCAUGCGGUUCCUCCUAUGAUUUGGCGGCAUGCCUACCGGCUGCAGAGUCGGACAUCCAGCCGUCUGCCCAAUGCUGCACCCAACUAAGCUCCUACCUGGCCACCGACACCCCCGAGGAGUGCCUCUGUCAGACUGCGUAUAGUCCGUUCUUUCAAUCUGGGGCAGACAUCCAGUUCGCCAUCAAAAUCCCGCAGAAGUGCAACCUCUCAUAUAGGGCUGGCAUUCAAUGCAAUGGAAAUACUAUUCCUGGAGGCCAGUAGACAACAAUAGAGUUGUUCUUCGUUAUAGUUUUGCUCGUUGAUUAUAGUUGUUUCAAGGAUAUUACCUUAAUGUCCUCUUCUCGCAGGAAUUAGAACAUUGCAUAAUAGGUCGAAUAAAUUGAUUGAUAUUAAAUUAUUCAUCUUACUGACUGCAGCAUCGAGAAACUAGGCAGUCGCAUUUGACUUCAGUUACUCACAUAAAUAAGCACCUUUGUUUGGAUUAAUCUACGGGCAAUUUUUUGCGGAAUUGUACAUGUAUUGAUAAUCGCGGUGAUAGAAGUGAAUGUGGCCAGCAGGGAGACUAGCGAUGAGUCGAUUGUGCGAUGGAAGAGAUCCUGAUCCAGAUCUAGGAAAAGGAACUCCAAGAGAAUCACGUCAUUUCUUGAGAAAUCUGCGAUCAAAGUGUCUGAGUGAUUACGUGGACUGGACAAAGAAUUGUUGUCCUCAGUAAAAUUGGGACAAAAAAAUAAAGCAAAAACAAAAUCGUGUUGGAUAUUUCACAGCACUUUAUAAA